GGCCCGCUUUCACAGAAUGGGCAGCUGAGCGCUUGCCGUCCUGCUGUAGAGAGUUUGCUUUUAAUUCUCUCAUAACUGAUUCUGUAAAUUCGACUGAGAAGGGUAAACGCAAUACGGAGGCUUGCUGGCGUUAUAACGAUGGCUGCCCCCAAGAAGGGUGAUCUUUCUGCCACAGAAAAGGACCUUUUCCAGGUUAUUUCUGCAGGCAAUGUACAGGAAGCUUCACGGUUAUUGGGAUGUAAGGAUGUUCGAGUCAAUUGUUUAGAUGAGUACGGCAUGACCCCCCUCAUGCAUGCUGCGUAUAAGGGCAGGGCCGACAUGUGCAAACUGCUCCUGCAGCAUGGGGCUGAUGUGAACUGCAACGAACACGAGCAUGGGUACACUGCCCUCAUGUUUGCCGGGCUGUCAGGGAAGACGGACAUCACCAGGAUGAUGCUUGAUGCUGGGGCAGACACAGACGUGGUCAACUCAGUCGGUCGCACCGCAGCUCAGAUGGCCGCCUUUGUAGGCCAGCAUGACUGUGUAACUGUGAUCAACAAUUUCUUCUCCCGGUCGAGACUGGAGUAUUACACGAAAGCCCAGGGUUUGGAGAAGGAGCCCAAGUUGCCUCCCAAACUGGCAGGACCGCUGCACAAAAUCAUCAUGACCACCAACCUCAGCCCCGUGAAGAUUGUAAUGCUGGUGAAGGAGAACCCACUAUUAAUGGACGUGGAGCCUUUGGAGAAAUGCUACAAGGUGCUGGACCUGAUCUGUGAGAAGUGCUUGAAGCAGCAGGACAUGAACGAGGUACUGGCCAUGAAGAUGCACUUCAUCAGCUGCGUGCUGCAGAAGUGCUGCACCUUCCUCAGGGAGUGUGAGGACAAGUUGGACGCAUUCGUCAAGAGCCUGUUGAAAGGCCGGGACAGCGACGGGUUUCCGCAGUAUCAGGAGAAGUUCAUCCGGGAGUGUAUCCGGAAGUUUCCCUACUGCGAUACAACUCUGCUCCAGCAGUUGGUCAGGAGCAUCGCUCCUGUGGAAAUUGGUAAUGACCCCACAGCCCUCUCGGUUCUGACCCAAGCCAUCACCGGCCAAGUGGGCUUCAUGGAUGCUGAGUUUUGCACUGCCUGUGGAGAAAAGGGGGCCAGCAAAAGGUGUUCCAUCUGUAAAAUGGUGAUGUACUGUGACCCCACCUGCCAGAAACUCCACUGGUUCACGCAUAAAAAGGUCUGCAAAAAGCUGCAGGAGCAGAGGGAGAAGCAGGAGACCAGAUCAGCACUAAUGAUGGACAAGCAAGCUAACGAAGACAACAAGCCUGUGGAGGAGGCGACCGGUUUGGUGCAGGAACUCGCCAUACAGAAAGAAGAGGAUUCCCCAUCUGACCCUUCAGUUGUCCAGCCUGGUCCAGCGGUCCCUGAUGCUCCUUCGGUCAAUCUGUAACAGGACUUCCUGUGUACAGCGUGUAGACUGUGUAGACUCUGCAGUCUUGAUACUGUGACAGUAGCCACAUGAAGCAAGAUAAGGUCGUGUUUCCCAGCCAGUGAGACCGAUGGACGGUAGUGUGAAGAAACCAGUCCGGCAUGCGUGAAACACUCAGGCUUCCAGUUUGUUCGGUACAAAAGGGGCGGCCCUAGAAGGCCGCAAUGCUACGCCAAAGUUCUGCAGCUCUCUUGCACACAAGUCAACAAGAGUGUCACCGUAUAUUUGUUCCUUCAGCUGAAUCUUAACGUGGACGCUGAAAAACUGCAAACUAUGUAUAUUUUAAUGCUGAUAAAUGUCA